GACGUCCAACUACUCUGUUCAUCAUCUGGACUCAACUGUUCGCACUCUGUGUGUCUGAGUCGCAUCUAUUAAGAUGUCUUCAACUACCUCAAUACAGCCACCCAAAUGGGUGGUGGAAAUGAACACACCUCUUGCCAAACGCUCCGGAAAGACCAACAACUUUCGCAGCCCACCGGGCUUCACCACCAAGGCAUCAGGCAAGCAGCAAGAAACCCGCUCAACCACCGACCGCAAACCCAUCGAAACUGACACCCUCAAGCUCAAAAAGGCAUGGGAAGUCGCCCUUGCACCGUCGAAACAAAUCCCCAUGAACGCAAUCAUGAUGUACAUGUCCGGCAACAGUCUGCAAAUAUUCAGUAUCAUGAUGGUGUUUAUGCUCUUCAAGGGCCCUAUUCAGGGCUUGAUGGCUACGAAUACGCAAUUUUUGAAAUUCGAGACGGAGUCGAAUAAGACUAAGAUUUGGGGUUGUAAGGCUGUUUAUGUUUUGAUGCAAUUGGCGCUAUUGGGGAUGGGCGUUUGGAAGGUCAAUGCUAUGGGAUUGUUGCCGACUACAAGGUCGGAUUGGUUGGCUUGGGAGUCGGAGAGAAUAUCGCUAGAACGUGCUUAUUUUGCGUUCGGUUAGAUGAUGAGAUGUUUAGAAUGUAUACAGGUUACUAGUCCUACAUACAUGGAUGUUAUGUCAGUAUGAUGCUGACUGAACUAUGUUCUAAUGUAUCAAUGUGAACUACAUAUAUACUUAUGUCUUUAAUGCCCGAAACUACCAAGGUAUGCAUGACAGAACGCUCACAAUAAUCCCGAAAGGUCCAAAUCUUGUGCAUCAUGCAUUUAUUCCGCCUCCUCUCGCAGACGCCUUUCCUCUCUCCAUUUCGGUCCAUAACCCAUCAAAA